AUGGCAACGCUUAAAGAGCUGCUCAAGCAGCAAGACAUUCAAACUGGACAGAUUUCUCGAGCGAUCACGAAUCUGAAGAAAAUCGGAGUCACCAAUUACACGGUCUACAAGGUGAAACAUCGGCUCGAGUCCUUGGAAAAGCUGUGGGAGAAGGUUCAGCUCGUCAAUGUACAGCUCAUUCAGAAGGCGUCUGAGGAGGAAAGAAACCAACUCGACUACUUCAAGGAAGACACGUUUCUUCUCGCUGAGGAGGAGUAUCUCGAAGCUUCCGACUACAUGGCUGAUAUCAUCGAGAGCCUCUCCGCAAACCUCCCCGCAAACCGCUCCAACCCGGGGCUUUCAGGUGACGCCAGCCUAAUGAAUACGACCACUGCGUCAAAUUCCGCUAUGAAGCUUAGCCGUAUCGAGCUUCCUGAAUUUUCCGGUGACCGUUUACGUUGGACUUAUUUCCGCGACAUGUUUGAGACUCUCGUGAUUAAUAAUUCGUCAUUGAAUAAUGUCACGCGCUUACAUUACUUGAUGUCAAAACUUAAAGGCAACGCUGCCUUGUUAUUGCGAAACUUUAAAAUUUCUGAAGAUAACUUCGAGCCCGCAUGGAAGGCUCUGACGGACGAAUUUGCGAAUACGCGUUUAAUAAUUAAUUCACAUUUGCAAGCGAUUGUUGACCUACCGAUUGUGAGGGCCGAGUCAGCCAGCGCGCUUCGAAACCUACGCGAUGUAACUCGAUCAUCGAUCGACGCGUUGUCUAACCUUGGCCGUCCUGUCGAUAAAUGGGACGAUCUGUUGAUAUUUCUUCUUACAAAAAAAUUGCCUUCUCGUACUCGUCAGGAGUGGCAAAUGGAAUUGGGAGAUUCCUACGAACCGCCAACAUUCGACGCGUUUCUAAAAUUUAUUUCAAAGCGCAUUAGAGGUCUCGAUGACGAUAACCCUACGAACACGAGCGAUACUGUAUCCGGAAAAUCGUGUACUACAAAGGCGAAAAUUCAUACCGCGAGUCAAUCGUCUGCACAAGACUCUCGGAAAUGCCCCGCUUGUUCCGAGAAACAUCUUUUAUUUCGAUGCAAUAAAUUCGUCUCCUUGGACAUCGACCAACGCUUCGCCCUAGCGAAAAAAUUAAAGUGUUGUAUAAAUUGCUUGCGCCCCGGUCAUUCCACCAGCGCGUGUAAAAAUCCUCAAAAGUGCUUUAAAUGCGACAAGACGCACCAUACGUUUUUACAUCGCGACAUCAAGAAUAGCGAAAGUACGUCGUCAGGCGACAGUAAUUCCGUUACUUCGAGCGCCGCAAACUCACAGGACGCAAGUUCGACCGUACAUACUGCGUCAACGUGGUUACCCAAGGAUCCCACCGUGAUACUCGCUACCGCGUGGGUAAAUUUGCGCACUCGCGAAAAUCGAGUAGUACGGGUACGCGCGCUUCUGGAUCAGGGAGCUACUCAUUCGUUCAUUACGGAGACGUUGGCUCAAUCGUUGCACACGUCUCGCCAACGUACGACAUUGCCCGUAUCGUGUUUUGGCGACCAAUACUCCGGCACGGCAAGGGCGAUGAUGCGACUUUCACUCGAACCGUGCAGGACGCCCGGCAUAUCACUGCCGGUCAAAGC